UACACGGUAGACGUGCGGCGCCACGCGGUGAGGAAAUCAAAGCGGAGAGACCGAUAUUAGCGAUAUUAUCAUUAAUAUUAGCGAUAUUAUCAUUAAUAUUAGCGAUCGUUUCAGUCCUGACGGCGGGAUAGGAGAGUCAGCAAACCUACAGAAGAACCUGAACUACUCGGAGUGUCCGAGUCAAGCGGAGCAACAGCCUGAGGAGUCAGAGUCAGAGUCAGAGGAGAGACUGACCUGAGACAGCUGACCGCUGCUGACCCUUCAGCCAAGACAUUUGACCGUCCAGCCACGAUAUGGCCAUAAGCGGACUCUGUACCUGAGAUACUUCAGCUGCUGACCGUCCAGUCAAGAUAUACAAGCAGCUACUGACCCUUUAUCUGAGAUAUGUAACCUACUGACCGUCCAGUCAAGAUAUACAAGCAGCUACUGACCCUUUAGCUGAGAUAUGUAAUCUACUGACCGUCCAGUCAAGAUAUACAAGCAGCUACUGACCCUUUAGCUGAGAUAUGUAAUCUACUGACCGUCCAGUCAAGAUAUACAAGCAGCUACUGACCCUUUAGCUGAGAUAUGUAAUCUACUGACCGUCCAGUCAAGAUAUACAAGCAGCUACUGACCCUUUAGCUGAGAUAUGUAACCUACUGACCGUCCAGUCAAGAUAUACAAGCAGCUACUGACCCUUUAGCUGAGAUAUGUAAUCUACUGACCGUCCAGUCAAGAUAUACAAGCAGCUGCUGACCCUUUAGCUGAGAUAUGUAAUCUACUGACCGUCCAGUCAAGAUAUACAAGCAGCUACUGACCCUUUAGCUGAGAUAUGUAAUCUACUGACCGUCCAGUCAAGAUAUACAAGCAGCUACUGACCCUUUAGCUGAGAUAUGUAAACUACUGACCGUCCAGUCAAGAUAUACAAGCAGCUGCUGACCCUUUAGUUGAGAUAUGUAAUCUACUGACCAUCCAGUCAAGAUAUACAAGCAGCUACUGACCCUCUUUAGCUGAGAUAUGUAAUCUACUGACCAUCCAGUCAAGAUAUACAAGCAGCUACUGACCCUUUAGCUGAGAUAUGUAAUCUACUGACCAUCCAGUCAAGAUAUACAAGCAGCUACUGACCCUUUAGCUGAGAUAUGUAAUCUACUGACCGUCCAGUCAAGAUAUACAAGCAGCUACUGACCCUUUAGCUGAGAUAUGUAAUCUACUGACCGUCCAGUCAAGAUAUUCCAGCAGCUACUGACCCUUUAGCUGAGAUAUGUAAUCUACUGACCGUCCAGUCAAGAUAUACAAGCAGCUACUGACCCUUUAGCUGAGAUAUGUAACCUACUGACCGCCCAGUCAAGAUAUACAAGCAGCUACUGACCCUCUUUAGCUGAGAUAUGUAAUCUACUGACCAUCCAGUCAAGAUAUACAAGCAGCUACUGACCCUUUAGCUGAGAUAUGUAAUCUACUGACCAUCCAGUCAAGAUAUACAAGCAGCUACUGACCCUUUAGCUGAGCUAUGUAAUCUACUGACCGUCCAGUCAAGAUAUACAAGCAGCUACUGACCCUCUUUAGCUGAGAUAUGUAAUCUACUGACCGUCCAGUCAAGAUAUACAAGCAGCUACUGACCCUUUAGCUGAGAUAUGUAAUCUACUGACCGUCCAGUCAAGAUAGACAAGCAGCUACUGACCUUUCAGGAAAGAUACAAGCAUAAACACUGACCGUUCUGCUGUGUACAGACUGGGUUGCCCUCGGUUUGCUCUUGGCUGGGCUCUGGCUCUGUAGACUUCAUGCUCGUCUGUUACUGAUAAACCCUCAGCAAACAGACUGUAAAUACUAGGCUUUGAAAACGUUUGAACAGGUCUCGUCCGUCUGCCAUCGUCCAGUUUGACAUGUUCAGACGGCCCAUAUCGUUUAUUGGAACACUGAACAAAACUCUGUCGAGAGCGUUUAACGCCAGUGCCCGUUCAGAAGCGGUCAGUCAGAAGCUCCUGUCACUCAGAGUGAUCUCUCUGCCUCCAGCUGGCUGUCAGCUGUCCUGCAUAACUCAGAGAAAGGUGAACUAUCUGAUCUCCAUGCAGCCAGUUCCAGAGAAGACCACAUCCGGCGGUCAGCAGGAGCCACAGGCAAAACAGUCCGGUGCAGCGGUCAGAAAAGAACCCAAAGCUGGAAGUGAAAAGAAGAAGAAGGUGAAAAAGGUGAAGGGUCCUAUAAAGGGGCGUGGACGAAAGCAGAGGGAGAAGGAGUCCGAGGCCACGGAGAACCUGCUGGCUGAGCUGCCCUUCGCCAACACUGAGAUAUGGAAGGAGCUCGGCUUCGCUGGUGGCGAGACAAGCGCGGAGAAAAAGAGAAAGAGAGCGGCGAAGGGACGGGCGGAGAGCGAGGAGGACGGAGAGAAGGAGAAAAAGAAGAAAAAAGGCUCCCCUCGGCCGAACUACUUCGUCUCAAUACCCAUCACCAACCAAAAGAUAAAGCAGGCCGUGGAGGAGCUUCAGGCAGAUAUUCUGCAGAAGGAGCCUCGUCUCUCCAGAGCUUUGAUUCCUGUGGGCACCCUCCACAUCACGCUGCUCGUCACACACCUGGCCACACCGGAGGAGGUGCACGCUGCUGCAGCAGCUCUGGAGGAGAUGCAGCCCACUCUGAGGGCCCUGCUGGGGGGGCGGAGCCUCACGAUGCCGUUCCGUGGCAUUGGUCACUUCAGACAGGAAGUAGCCUUCAUUAAGAUCGAAGAGGGGGAACAUCUCAGCGCCCUCAUCAGCAUCGCAGACUCAGUCAGAAGGGCGUUCGAGGAGAAAGGCGUCUCGUCUGGAGAUCAGAAAGACUUCAAACCUCACCUGACCUUCAUCAAGCUUUCUCGAGCUCCUAAACUGCGGCGUCAGGGAAUUAGGAAGCUGGACGCGGCUCUGUACGCCCCGUUCGAGCAGAGGGAGUUCGGUGAGGAGAGCGUGUGUACGCUGGACCUGUGCUCCAUGUUGAAGAAGAAGUCGGCCGAUGGAUAUUACCAUCGCGAGAAGACGGUCACCUUCGAUCUAUUGCAGAGCACACAGCGCACUGCUUGGACAAGUGCUAAGGGUGGUCCGGAGCUGGACGAUGAGGAGCUGGUGAGUCUGAGUAAGAGGCUGGUGGAGGACGCUGUGUUUCGCGCCGUGCAGCAGUACAUGGAGGAAACGCAGCAGAACGGAGCGGCACCCAAAGACGAGGCUCCGCCCCCUCUGACCACCAACAAAUGACCACGUGACCUCUGAGCCGGACCCUCACCCACCCACCCACGGGCGGAGCGCUGGAGCCACGCCUCCUCCUCCCUGCCUCCGGGCGAGAGAGCGAGCGCUGCGGAGCGAGAGAGUGUGCAGGACUGGAAAGAGGAGGGAAAGAAGAGCGAGCUGGACUGGAUCUGACGCUGGACUGUUCCCUGCGCAGCUUUCUGUCUUCAUACAAACGUUAACUCUGCAGCCGUCACCAGUGUCCUGCCCGAGAGAGGGCCUUUCUGUUCUUUAAUUCGUGUUGCUUGAUGUGAUAGUUCGGGAGGAGAGUCUGAAUUUACCCCCAUCUCAACUUACCCUCAAUGGAAUUGAUGGGCUACGGCAUACGGCAGUAGGUUAAUGUAGCCGGGUAGUGGAAGCUUAUUCCCCACCAAUUCUCAUCUAGCACAUCGCAUCUUACCAGAAUGUGUGUCAUAUAGUGUCAGAAACCACCAGGACUGGGUUGCGCCAGGUUUGCGUCGGUUUACACUCAAGUUUGGGCCUAAAGUCUUUACUGAGUCCUUAUUACAGUAGUUAGUUUCAAACUAUCCUUUUACUAAAUUUGAUUGCACCGCAAAUCCGUAAGUCGUGCUUUAACCAGUAACAGCUAACUGAUGCGUAGGUCGCUUUAACAUGACAACAACAUGUUCAGAACCGAUCAGUAAACCCGCUUCCAUGGGAACGCCGCGGCCCCUGCUCUGGCUUUCUUAAUGGAAAAAUAUCCAGCAUAGAAGAGAACAAUGUGUCCCUAGUAAAGCUUGUUAUCUAAAGCCCUAGCCUGUUUAUCCUUUAAUAUUUCACCAACGUAACCUGAUCUGCAGCUUUUAAACGAUGAUUUCUGGACACCGGACACAACAGCAGCCUUGGUUUAGUCUGGGCAGCUGCUGAGUCUUGCAGAGCUGAUGCUGCGGGUGUUCGGCUUCAUGCUCGGAGUUUAAACCAGGGCGAAGUUUAGAGCUGUAAACAAAAUCACAGUGUAUAGAAUUUCUAGCUUAGUUCACCAGAAAGUCAUGUUUAUUUUACUUUUUUGGUCUGUCUAUAUGGUUUCUCAUGGUUUCCCCAAAACGUCCACCUGCUGACUGCUAACGACUACGCUCAACAUUAAAAUUAGUUUGCGGUGCAGCUCGUUCUGAUUUAUUGAUGCAUAAACCCGAACUUAGUAAACACGUAGCGAUCACUUAUGGGCUGAUAUAUAAUGGAAAGCUUGCUUUGAGUUUAUAGUUUAGAAACAUUUUUUUCAAGUUUUAAAAUGCACCACUCAUUCCGCAGUAAAUACAUCGUCUGAAUGUCGUCACUGUCUAAGAAAAACACAAGUAUCAUUUUUAUUUUUCUAUUUUGCCCCAGCAGCGGAUAAAUGGACCAAUAGAAAUGCUCCAAAAUUGCUUGGAAUAAAAUCACUGUGCACGAACUUCCAUUAUUUUAGUUACCAAUCUGAAGAUGUAUGUUUUUCUCUGGACAGUGACGAUAUGGAAAAUGAUACCAUUACAGCCCAAUUUUUAAUAAAUUAUAUUUCCAAUGUCAUGAAAAUGAACAUGUGUAUGUAUAUGAACUUGUUCAGCCUUCAUUAGUUUAGCCCCACCCCAAAUUUGUGUUUCAGCACAGACUGCUUUUUUUUUUUUUUGGCCAAUCGGAGCUGAUCUCAUUUGCAUAUAUCACUUGUUUGUUUUUGAAAUGUAAAAUCAGAUGCGUGCUAAACGGGGACCUCAACUGAAAACGUUGCAAUGCAAGAAGCGCAACCCAUGACGAGCCGUUUGAGCUCCAUGUGGUUUUUGGUGUGAUGAUUUAGCAGUUAGCACCAGGCUAAUUGGUGGGGCCUAAGCUUCCAUUGCUUGUUAGUUAUUUUAGCCUCAUAGCUCCAGAAAUACGAAGCAGACUUCAGAUGCUUCAAACGUGGUGGACUACUUUUGGCGAAAGGGAGGAAACCGGGUGAAUUUGGUUCGUUGCUGAAUUAUCACUUUAUUGAUUGAUUGGACAGGGAGCGAGUGAGGGGAAAGGGAUAGAGAAAGAGACGAGGAGAUGGUGGGGAUGAACAGAUGACCCCCCCCUACACACACACACACACACACACACACUGUGCUAAACUCUACUAGCGUCUGGGCUGUUGCUGGACGCCAAUGCUGUCGCAGAGACAAUCAAAGCUGCUUUCUCAGCACAGAGUCAGUAAA